GAGUAAUUUGAAGUAAGCAUUUCCGAUUUUUCUUUCCCUUUCUGCAUUCUUUCCUUUUUGCCUUUCCUGCAAUAAACCCCGAGUCCAGCUCCGGCGAGACCCUACCCAGCCGCUCGGUAGUCCGGUUCCGGCUAGACCCAGGCUACCGGCGAUCCUCUUUCUGCUAGAUUACAAACGGGUUCAGAAAGGCUUGAUUUUCUUGAUCAGCUAUUUACAGAAAGUACCCUAGAGGGUGUCAUGGGGAUGAGCAAAACCGAAGUGAACUUGAAGAGGUUACUUGUAACUGCACCACAACAGCAAAAUCAAGCAAAGCUUAUACAUUAUGUUGCCACUUUGAGGGAACUACUGGAGCAGUUGGCUGAAGAGAGGAAUCCUGAUGGAUUACCAAGGAUUUCAAAAGCCAAGGUGAAUGAAUAUGCUGAGAACAUUGAAGCUGUUGCUGCCAAGUUAGCUGUGCCCACGUCUGAUGUGCAUACACCCAAGGAACCUGAGGGUGAGAUUUCCAGCAGUGGAACUCCUAAAGCAGAAGGAAGUGUGAAUUCUGCUUCUGAAGGAUUGAGAAGAAGAUUUGGGGUCCAUUCAAACAAUGAGGAGAAAUCCCAAGAUACCAUUGCUUCUGAUCAAUCAUCAGCUGCAGUUAAACUGGAUGAUGCUGCACGGACACAUAUUGAGAAGCACAGGAAACUUCAGGAGGAUUUGACUGAUGAAAUGGUUGUUUUGGCACGGCAGCUCAAAGAGAGCAGUCUCAUGAUGAAUCAAUCCAUCAAAAACACCGAGAAAAUACUUGAUUCAACUGAGAAAGCAGUUGAGCAUAGCCUGGCAAGCACAGGGCAUGCAACUUCCAGAGCAAUGGAUGUGUAUUCGCGAAGUUUCAAGACAACAUGCUUCCAGUGGCUUUUGAUCUUUGUCAUGACAUUAGUCUUUGUCAUGGUUGUAUUACUUAUUCGAGUGACUUAGCAGCCAACCCUUUUUGUAACUGAAGAUAUAAUAGAACUCUUGCCUUUUCCCUAUCUUUGUAUAGUACUAGAAGAUAAUUCAUUUGUAAGGGACAUGUUCAGAGGAUAAACAAUUCUAUAGAUGCUGAAAGAGAAAUGCAUAACUU